UGGCUGCUGCUUCUUUUCUUCUUUUCUUUUCAAUCUGCGAGUCGUGAACUAAAUUUAAAGUGUGCUUGGAGUCCGGAUGAGAGAGAGAGAGACCUAAAAAGGCCGAGUCUUUGGAAAGAAAAGAGGGAGUGUUACGUUUAUUGACCUGCAACUUUUUCUGAUAUUAAAUCCAGAAGCUUAGAAAGAAGUAAUAUCUAUGUAUCAUCCGGGAGGAAAAAAGUUUUUUUUAGAUUUUUUUCUCUCUUUUUAAGAGUCUUGGUCAUUUUAAAGAUGCUUACUUCUUCGAGGACCGAGAUCUUUCAUGGCUUGUGAUUAAGUUAGGGAGCAAUAGGUCUUACCUACCUGGGUGCCUGUGAUUCCUCAACAGGAACUGAUCCUUUUUUUUUUCCCGGGGGGGGCAGCUACAUGACAAGGGGAAUAUAAGUUAGCGGAAAGUUUCUUGAGAGAUUUUAUUUUACUGGUAGUGUGAUUCACCAGUAGAAUGUCAUUCCGUAGUAUAGUUCGUGAUGUGAGGGAUGGCUUUGGGAGCUUAUCUAGACGUGGUUUUGAAGUCAGGCUCACUGGCCAUCACAGAGGCAAAUCGCAUGGUUCAUUACAUGCUUUAAACGAUCAUCCUAUCAUAAUUCAGAACAGCCGUUGGGCUAGCUUACCCCCUGAACUACUCUAUGAUGUAAUUAGGAGGUUGGAAGAGAGUGAGAGUACGUGGCCUGCUCGUAAGCACGUUGUUGCAUGUGCAGCAGUUUGCCGUUCUUGGAGGGUUAUGUGCAAAGAAAUUGUUAAGAGUCCUGAGUUAUCCGGGAAACUUACCUUCCCUGUGUCCCUGAAGCAGCCAGGACCGCGUGAUGGAAAUAUUCAGUGUUUCAUAAAAAGGGAUAAAUCCAACUUAACAUACCGCCUUUUUCUGUGUCUUAGCCCGGCUUUGCUGGUUGAAAAUGGAAAAUUCCUCCUUUCGGCAAAGAGGACUCGAAGAACCACGUACACAGAAUAUGUCAUCUCCAUGGAUGCAGAUAACGUUUCAAGAUCAAGUAGCACUUAUAUUGGGAAAUUGAGAUCAAACUUCCUUGGCACUAAGUUCAUAAUAUUUGAUACACAGCCUCCGUACAGUUCCGCCUACAUCCCCCCUCCAGGGCGGAGUAGCCGUAGGUUCUAUUCCAAAAAAGUCUCCCCGAAGGUUCCAACGGGCAGCUACAACAUUGCCCAGGUAACAUACGAACUAAAUGUGUUAGGCACUCGUGGCCCACGGAAGAUGCAUUGCAUCAUGCAUUCAAUCCCGGCCUCAGCAAUUGAUGCAGGUGGCACUGUCCCAGGCCAGUCGGAGUUGCAUCCUCACUCUCUCGAGGAUUCCUUCCGGAGCAUCUCCUUAUCAAAGUUUCUUGAUCACUCUGUUGAUUUCAGCAGCUCAAGAUUUUCUGAAAUCGGUGGGGCCCCUGAUGAUGAUGAGGAUGGCAAGCUCAGGCCCUUGGUUUUGAAAAACAAGUCCCCUAGAUGGCAUGAACAAUUACAGUGUUGGUGCUUGAACUUCCGUGGACGGGUAACUGUUGCCUCUGUUAAAAACUUCCAGUUGAUUGCUGCUACACAGCCUGCUGCUGGUGCUCCAACACCAUCUCAGCCAGCCCCACCAGAGCAUGAUAAGAUAAUUCUGCAGUUUGGUAAAGUUGGUAAAGACAUGUUCACCAUGGAUUAUCGCUAUCCUCUAUCUGCAUUUCAGGCUUUUGCAAUUUGCUUGAGUAGCUUUGACACGAAAUUGGCGUGUGAAUAGAAAAAAGCAUAAACUGAAGGCUGGUAAAAAAGCAGAACACUAUAAUGACAAUCUUUUUUCUCAUUUUUUUUCUUUUGUCCUUUACUUUUAUUUUUCCUUCUAUGGAUUCCUUCUAGUGUCAGUAGGAUAGGAUAUUGUUGUUGUUGAUGCUAUUCUGUUGUUGUAAAACUCAUUUGUAAUUGUGGUGCUGGCCUGAUAUUUGAGCCUACAGCACUGUAAAUUAAAGUCUUUGUACCUUUAUUUGUUUCAGCUCCAGCCAGUUAAGAAAUGUUGAGUCUCUAUUUGUAUCUUA